AAGCUCCACCACUUGUCAAGUAUCGAGUGUCUCGUCUCAUCAAACAUACGAGAACUAAGAGGAUGAGUUCUUUCACAAUCUGCGCUCGCCAGACACACUGCGCAUCGUUUCCCCGGAGCCAGACGCGAUCCUUUCACGCGUCAUCACGUCUACGGAAGCAACAGUCUUUCCCAGCUGCAUAUUACCGCGGUGGCACAUCGCGCGCCGUUAUUUUCAAGAAACAAGACCUCCCGUCCGAAGAGAAAUGGCCCUCGAUAUUCCGUGGCGUCAUCAAUUCCCCAGAUCCUAAUGGUCGCCAACUUGACGGCAUUGGCGGGGGCGUCUCUUCCCUUUCUAAAGUCUGCGUCGUGGGUCCUUCAGCUAGGGACGAUGCAGACGUCGACUAUACGUUUGCUGCAAUAGGUGUUAAAACGUCAGAAGUAGACUUCUCAAGCAACUGCGGAAACAUGAGUUCAGCCAUUGGACCUUUCGCUGUGAACGCCGGCCUAGUAUACAUGGAGGACGGCCCCUGCACAGUACGAAUACAUAACACCAACACCGGAAAAAUCAUUCACUCGAAGUUCGUUGUGGAAGAAGGAGAAGCGAAGGUAGGAGGAUCGUUUGCCAUCGAUGGUGUCGCUGGCACGGGCGCAAAGAUUGAGCUUGCUUUUAUCAACCCUGCCGGGUCUAAGACAGGGAAAACUUUGCCCACAGGAAACGUUGUCGACACUUUUGACAACAUUCCAGUAACAUGCAUAGACGUGGGAAAUCCCUGUGCUUUUGUCCAUGCUUCCAGUCUCGGUGUUGAAGGCGGUAUCCUCGCAGAUGCUAUCGAUGCACACCCAGAUCUUCUGAGCCGCCUGGACUCGAUUCGCAAGCAGGCCGCUGUAGCCAUGGGUAUUUCCAAGUCACUGGAUUUGGUGCCGGGCUCGAUACCUAAGAUAGCUAUGGUAGCUGCACCAUAUACACAUGAGUUGAUCUCCGGUGAGACGGUCGAAGAGAAGGAAUGUGAUCUGCUAGUCAGAGCGAUCAGUGUCGGGCAGCCGCACCGCGCUGUACCUAUAACCGUUGCGAUGGCACUUGCCGUUGCAUCUCGACUGGAUGGAUCUAUCGUCAAAGAAGUGACGAGCUCGAGGCCCGUUGACGCUGACGGAAUAACCAUCGGUCACAGCAGCGGGAAGCUUUUGGUUGGUGCGAAUUUUGACAAAACAGGCGCUGUAAAGGAUGCGACUGUGUUUCGUACCGCGAGGAGAAUCAUGGAAGGUGUUGCCUACGCGGACUGAUUUGGUGUAUCCUUUAUGUAUAAAUGCGCCGGUUUGAAUGGUUUCAAUAUCACCCAAAUUGGGGCUCUUCCAGCGCGGUGUCCAUACUAGAAGUGAAUAGAUCUACCUUCAAAGUAUAGGCAUACAUCCUUGUUCAAAGCCUGUCGACAUUUACUCGAACA